CGCAAAAGGAAAGUGCACACGGCAUACACUACAUACUUCUAUACUUGCUACGCACCAUACGGCCAAAAAAGGGAAAAAAGGGACUACCAUACUGCGAAGAACAGCGGCGCGACAAAAAAGGACGACCGCGAACUCUGCCAAGAAUCUCAUGCAGAAUACCCAAGGUCACACACACACACACACGACCCAACACGUCAACACCGCUAGCUGGUGUCGCCGAUAUUGUUGUCCUCUGGAAGGGCCACGAAUAAAGCCACUUGUGAAUCAUUUGCAAUGCUUUGCGCUCUGAUGCCCAUCACGCGCUCUGAAGACGGAAGAAAAAUGCAGAGAAAAAAAAGACAUCAACUGUGGACAAGUGCAUGUAUACAGAGCAACUUACCAAGUGGGUCAAGGUGUGGUUGGGCAGCAUUCCUGCCACCUGUCGGCCACUGCAGCACCUCAAUUGCAUGAGCCUCGAACUCCGCCAUUGUAACAUUAUAGCCCCACCUACAAGCUCACGCGAUCAUCAAUGACUUCCCCUCUUGCCUGAUGUAUUGCUCCAUUUGUUUAGUGUCCUUACAUAAAGACGGUACACGAUGAGAGAUCCCAUUUCAGCCCGUCUUCAGUCAUGCGAUACCCCCGUAAUCCAUCCGCCGUAGUAAGGUUGACGUACGAAUGCAGUGGCUCAAGCAGCCCCCAAUCUUCCGGCGACACUUCUGACAUACCACCGACACUAUCGGCGGCGAAUAGCGAGAAAUGGCUGUCAUGCGGGCUGUUCGCAUUAUAGUGGAUGACAAGCACAGCUGAAUGAGCCUCCCCAUUGUUGUUGAAGUCGUCGAAUGUGCGAUAGAAGCGUGCGGGUAUCUGCAGCUUCCGCAGAGUAGAAGUACUGUCGUCGGAAGACGGAAUAGCACUCGACUAAAGGCAACGACGGUUGAUCAUACUGUUGCUGCCCUCAUCGAUGGGAUCGACGGGCUGUCGUACAGGCACAGCAUCACCGAACCCAUCAGGACACUCUCUGAUCCAAGAAGGGAUGCUGCAGUUGGAUCGCAUUGUCCGGUCUUCGACGAGCCCCCAGGUGUCUUGGUAUAAGAUAAACGCCUCAGCGGCCCACUCAGCUGUCACGCGAUCGAUAAAAUGACCGUCCUCUUUGCCUUUCAGCUCCUCUCUAUGUAGCGCCUCUUCUGUGAUGACGACAAGAGCCGAGGAUCCAUUAAUCAUAAUCGCGUUUAGAGCCUGAACGGCAGCGGCAUUACAGUAUUACGCAGAUCUGGUCGGUAGCUGUCUAUCUUUUCUUGCCUACCGUGUACAUCGCCACUCCACUGGAUGUGUUCCUGAAGACUUCCACCCUGUAGCGAGCCGCUGACGUGUUGCCAUCGUGUGCUGAACUGGCGUUGCUCCUGGGAUAAAGGGUGAAAUCGAUGAUGCCGAGAAGAGCGUCUUGUCUCAUGAAGACCCCCCAGCCGCGACACGGACCACGUUUGGUGUCAUAAAUGGGUUCCACAAAGGCGUUUAGAUCCGCCGGCGUCCCAGACCACUGCCAAUAUCUAUCGUGAGUCUGCAGGAACAACGCUCAUACCUCUGAUUUCCAAUGCUUCUCAUCCGUGUCAGUCUCCUUACGAUUUCUGCUCCCCAGGGUAUAUCGGCUUCGUCAAGGUCUACAGCAUCGUUAACGUCUGCGAUCUGCAGCAACCGAUGAUGCUCUUGCUCAUGAAGCAGGUCGACAUGCACUCUGAGCAGUGACAUCAAGCACAACAAAGACAUUGUUCCUCAAUCACUGUCGGUGUUUGUCGGCUGUGUCUGUGUGUGUGACCUGUAAGUAGAAUGCUGUUUGAUCCAUUGAAGUAGACGAUGCUCUCGUUAUACAGCCGAUAAGCCUCUCUCAAGGUAUCCAGCUCCUCCAGAGGCAUCAAACGCUCCACCUCAGCCUCCAGGUGAUGCAACAGACGGCCCAUGUCGACUGGAUUUGCGAGAGCUUGAGGGAAGAGCGACUUCUUGUGAGCGCGCAGGCUGUUGUCAGCCCUCUGAUAGGCCGUGCGAAUGCGGUCGACCUCGUAUGUAUCAAAGCACGUGUUGAGUCGCUCGGUGAGGCUCCUUUGGCUAGCGGCAAAUGCCAUGCGGAACUCGCGUUGUUUGUAGAGGUCCACAAUAGCAAGGGGCAUCACAUCUUGCUGCCUCAUGUGGAAGUCCACUGUUGCAUGAGCGAUGCUCUUGGCGUAGUCCAAAGGCGUGGUUGGCUUGCCGUCAUAUAUUGUUGGUCUCAGAAAACGCCAAUCCCAGCCAGCGCCGCUAACGAUGGUCUCGCUGCCUACACGGCAGCACAACGAAAGACGCACGAUACGGAAAGACGCAGAGCGGCUUCGCUGUUGUGCGUGUCGUCUGUUACCGAGGAAGUAGUGCCCAUGUGAUGAGAGCGCGGAGAUCACCUCGUAUGAGCUCAUGAGGCACGCAUCGAAUGAGAGCAAGUCAAAGCGAAAGCCAUCAGGCAUACCCGCAUCACUGAUUCCUCCCUACAGGAAAGGGACAAGAAAUUGAGUGGUCAGGGCCGUUUGAUUGAUAUCUAUCCUUCUGCUUACCCUGAUGGCCUGCUCGAGAGAGAAGAGAGUCAUCAGGGAUCCCGAUUGACCGCUCUGAGAGUCGCCGCCAAACCUGCAUAUACACACACAUGCAGUCCGGCGAAGGAUGACACCCUGCAACCUUUGCAUCAAUGUGCAUACUCACCCUUUUCGUCCCACACCGUGGUCCCACAGGGUCAGAGCGAAGUGGUAAGCAGGGAAGUCUUUCAACGCCUUCCUGAUGAAUACCUAUGCAUUCACAAUCGCCACACACGCAGUCAUCCAGCUCACUCAGCGAAGAGAGACCAUCCUUUCAUCGCCUCGCGUCUUUACCCCACCCGCAGAGUCUCUUGAUUGUCCAUGUCAGCUUCGUUCCAGUCCUUUCUGAGCAGCCACCGGCGCCUGCUGGUGCUGUUCUGACCAUCGUAUGGAUCGCCGAUCAUCAGCAGCUCGUACGUGUUGGAAAACUGCUGUCUCACCUGCAUAAACACACGACCAAAGCCAAAAACAGAUGUCACUGUGUGCGAGCGUAUGUGUCCGUCUGUCUGUACCGUCCUCAGGUUGAUAUCUGGGUAUGCUUCCGGGCAGAUGACAAGCUGGUGGAUAGCUUUAUGGGACGCAUGGUACGCGUGAGGAUCAGAGCGGUCCACAAGCACCAACAGACUGAUGCUGCCCGACGGCAUCUGAAGCAUCUCGGCUAAAUCAUCCAUCGCGUCGCUUUCCAAAUCGUUGUCCUGAUGCCACACGCACACACGCACACACACACACACACACACAGGCGCAGAAUGCAUCCAGUGGCGUGCCUUUUCCGUCCCUCAAUGCCCUCUCACCGCAUUCAUAUAGACCAGAUGAGUCCAGUGUGCCUUCUUUGUAAGGUCGACGCGGUCCAUCACCCCCGCACAGAGGGUCGGCGGCACCAGCUGGAACUCUGGCUUGCGGUCACCGCACUCCAAACGAUAGGCAUACCUUGUCUGCUGAUCGGGACAGUCCUCCCCUGGAUCGACGUUGCACAUGGGCACGGAUGAUAGGCGCUUGCGGCAUUCCGACAUACACCGACAGCCGUUGUUUGUGAACACCUUCUGCUGCUCGCCCUCCACACAUGCAUCGAAAUACUCGCCAUCAGUCGCCUCACAUCGGCAGGUACCCACAUCACAUGCCUCUCGCGUGACUCGACAGACACUCUCAAAGCCGGGCUUCCGCAGCUCCUUGUGGCAUCUCUUGUCGAUGCAGCGGCAGCCGGUCACCGAGAACAGCACGCUCUCGUCAUCGUCGUUUUGCUCGUAUGUCAAGAAUGUGCCCGUACUGUUUGUCGACAGACCCACAAGGAAACCGACUGCCUUCGGCUUUGCAAAUGCUUCUUCCACUCUAAUGCCCAUCACGCGAUCUGUAGAUACGGGAUUCAGAAACAAGGAAGAUGUCCACUGAGUGUGUGUCUGUGUACCAAGAGGGUCACGGUCUCGUUGGGCAGCGUCCCUGCUACCUGUCGGCCACUGCAGCACCUCAAUUGCAUGAGCUUCGAACUCCGCCAUUGUAACAUUAUAGCCCCACCUAUAAGCCCACACACCGUCCAGCGAUUGCCCUUAAGCAUCGAUCCAUCUUUUUAAGUGUCCUCACCUAAACCCCAUACACGACGAGAGAUCCCGCUUCAGUCCGUCUUCAGCCAUGCGAUAGCUCCCCGAUCCAUACGCCGUAGUAAGAUUGACGUACGACUGCAGUGGCUCGAGCAGCCCCCACUCUCGAGGCGACACCUCUGACACACCACCAGGCGACACCAGCCAAUCAGGAAACCCCUGAGCUUCACCACCGACGCGAUCCGCGGCGAAUAGCGAGAAAUGGCUGUCAUGCGGGCUGCUAACAUUAUAGUGAAUAACGAGAACGGCUGGAUGAGCCUCAGUAUUGCUAUCGAAGUCAUCGAAUGUGCGAUGGAAGCGUGCGGGUAUCUGCAACUUCCGCAGAGUAGAAGUACUGCCGUCGGAAGACGGAAUAGCGCUCGACCAAAGGCAGCGGCGCUUGAGCGUGCUGUUGCUGCCCUCACCGAUGGGAUCGACGGGCUGUCGUACAGGCACAGCAUCACCGAACCCAUCAGGACACUCUCUGAUCCAAGAAGGGAUGCUGCAGUUGGAUCGCAUUGUCCGGUCUUCGACGAGCCCCCAGGUGUCUUGGUAUAAGAUAAACGCCUCAGCGGCCCACUCAGCUGUCACGCGAUCGAUAAAAUGACCGUCCUCUUUGCCUUUCAGCUCCUCCCUAUGUGGCGCCUCUCCUGUGAUGACGACAAGAGCCGAGGAUCCAUUAAUCAUAAUCGCGUUUAGAGCCUGAACGGCGGCGGCAUUAUAGUAUUACGCAGAUCUGGUCGGUAGCUGUCUAUCUUUUCUUGCCUACCGUGUACAUCGCCACUCCACUGGAUGUGUUCCUGAAGACUUCCACCCUGUAGCGAGCCGCUGCCGCAUUGCCAUCGUGUGCUGAAGUGGGGUCGUUCAUGAGAGAGAGUGUAGACUUUAUGAUACCGAGAUCUGGUAAGCUGUGUCGGCUGCGACAUGCCAUACGCCUAGCAUCGUAGAUGGGAUCGAGAGCGACCUUCACAUCCGCUGGCAUCCCGAACUCUUGCCAGUGAUCGUCUCGAGUCUGAAUUGUGGCACAUGAUCAAACUGCCACAUCUGCCGAAAUCUGUCUGACUUAGCACGCUUACAAUGUCUGCUCCCCAGAUACUUUCAUAGUCUUCAGGUCCGACACCAUACAACCAAUCAGCCCUCUGAAAUAGCCUUUGGUGCUCUGAACUGUGAGGCCAGCCUGCUGCGAGCCACCAGUAGAGCUCUGGUUCGCGAGGCAGGUCGACGUGCAGUCCUGCCGGUGACAGCAACCAUACAAAGCGACAUUGUGGCUCAUUCCUCGAUCACAGUCGGUGUGUCGGCUGUGUCUGUGUGUGUGACCUGUAAGUAGAAUGCUGUCUGAUCCAUUGAAGUAGACGAUGCUCUCGUUGUACAGCCGAUAAGCCUCUCUCAAGGUAUCCAGCUCCUCUAGAGGCAUCACACGCUCCACCUCAGCCUCCAGGUGAUGCAACAGAUGGCCCAUGUCGACUGGAUUUGCGAGGGCUUCAGGGAAGAGCGACUUCUUGUGAGCGCGCAGGCUGUCGUCAGCCUUCUGGUAGGCCGUGCGAAUGCGGUCGACCUCGUAUGUAUCAACGCACGUGUUGAGUCGCUCGGUGAGGCCCCUUUGGCUGGCGGCAAACGCCAUGCGGAACUCGCGUUGUUUGUAGAGGUCCACAAUAGCAAGGGGCAUCAGACUUUGCUGCCUCAUGUGGAAGUCCACUGUUGCAUGAGCGAUGCUCUUGGCGUAGUCCAAAGGCGUGGCUGGCUCGCCGUCAUAUGUUGUUGGUCUCAGAAAACGCCAAUCCCAGCCAGCGCCGCUAACGAUGGUCUCGCUGCCUACACGGCAGCACAACGAACCACGCACGAUACGGAAAGAAGCAGAGCGGCUUCGUUCGUGUGCGUGUCGUCUGUUACCGAGGAAGUAGUGCCCAUGUGAUGAGAGCGCGGAGAUCACCUCGUAUGAGCUCAUGAGGCACGCAUCGAAUGAGAGCAAGUCAAAGCGAAAGCCAUCAGGCAUACCCGCAUCACUGAUUCCUCCCUACAGGAAAGGGACAAGAAAUUGAGUGGUCAGGGCCGUUUGAUUGAUAUCUAUCCUUCUGCUUACCCUGAUGGCCUGCUCGAGAGAGAAGAGAGUCAUCAGGGAUCCCGAUUGACCGCUCUGAGAGUCGCCGCCAAACCUGCAUAUACACACACAUGCAGUCCGGCGAAGGAUGACACCUUGCAACCUUUGCAUCAAUGUGCAUACUCACCCUUUUCGUCCCACACCAUGGUCCCACAGGGUCAGAGCGAAGUGGUCAGCAGGGAAGUCUUUCAACGCCUUCCUGAUGAAUACCUAUGCAUUCACAAUCGCCACACACGCAGUCAUCCAGCUCACUCAGCGAAGAGAGACCAUCCUUUCAUCGCCUCGCGUCUUUACCCCACCCGCAGAGUCUCUUGAUUGUCCAUGUCAGCUUCGUUCCAGUCCUUUCUGAGCAGCCACCGGCGCCUGCUGGUGCCGUUCUGACCAUCGUAUGGAUCGCCGAUCAUCAGCAGCUCGUACGUGUUGGAAAACUGCUGUCUCACCUGCAUAAACACACGACCAAAGCCAAAUACAGAUGUCACUGUGUGCGAGCGUAUGUGUCCGUCUGUCUGUACCGUCCUCAGGUUGAUAUCUGGGUACGCUUCCGGGCAGAUGACAAGCUGGUGGAUAGCUUUAUGGGACGCAUGGUACGCGUGAGGAUCAGAGCGGUCCACAAGCACCAACAGAUUGAUGCUGCCCGACGGCAUCUGAAGCAUCUCGGCUAAAUCAUCCAUCGCGUCGCUUUCCAAAUCGUUGUCCUGAUGCCACACGCACACACGCACACACACACACACACACAGGCGCAGAAUGCAUCCAGUGGCGUGCCUUUUCCGUCCCUCAAUGCCCUCUCACCGCAUUCAUAUAGACCAGAUGAGUCCAGUGUGCCUUCUUUGUAAGGUCGACGCGGUCCAUCACCCCCGCACAGAAGGUCGGCGGCACCAGCUGGAACUCUGGCUUGCGGUCACCGCACUCCACUGGAUAGGCAUGCCUCGUCUGCUGAUCGGGACAGUCCUCCCCUGGGUCCAUAUUGCACACAGGCACCUCGUAUGAGAGGCGCUUGCGGCAUUCCGACAUACACCGACAGCCGUUGUUUGUGAACACCUGCUGCUGCUUGCCCUCCACACAUGCAUCGAAAUACUCGCCAUCAGUCGCCUCACAUCGGCAGGACCCACAUCACAUGCCUCUCGCGUGACUCGACAGACACUCUCAAAGCCGGGCUUCCGCAGCUCCUUGUGGCAUCUCUUGUCGAUGCAGCGGCAGCCGGUCACCGAGAACAGCACGCUCUCGUCAUCGCACUUUUCACCGUCGCAUUGGCCUUGGAGUCCUCGCCCAGUCCUUCUCAGAGAAGGUGCCACGGCAAGCAGAUGAUCUGCAUGGAAACACAUUCACACGCAAGCAGCGGCUGCGUUCGUCGUCGCUUUGUAAAGCGUGACCAGCCUACCAUGGGAUAAGUAAGUCAAAGUAACGCACAGAACACUGAUGCCAAGAAGUAAAAACGACGAAGGAAGAGAGAUCCCGAAGGGCGAACCCCCCACAGGCAUCAUGCGUCCUUCCCCCCUGCCGUCGUAGGCGUCUCAUCACGCAUCAGUGAAGCAGCCUGCUGAAGACCAGUUUUCGCACUCCGUCUAACCAGCCUCCUGAGAAAAAGAACACGACGCUGCCUUCGUCACGAGCGAUGAG